UUCAGGCGGUUGGUUGGGAAUGACGUGUCCACAUGGAGUAUGCUAUGGUCUGAAAUGGCUAUUGCGACAAGAAGGACCACGAGAUCAUGUGGACAUGCUUAUGAAUCUCGCUGCUGUUCCGAAUGUUACCAUAUUGGAUAUGGCAAACAUGAUUGUAGCUCAUGCAAGGAACAGAGGAUACGACGUUUUUCAUCCAUUCCAAGGUCGUGUUGCUGAAUAUAGCCUGGAAAAUAUCAGACGAGCUAAUAGUGGUGAGCUAGAGAUAGACUGGCCUUGGUUUCCAAACGGAGAAAGAUGCGACUUGUCAACUGUCGUACAAAGGUCGGAUGGUGAGCAGCUUCUGUGUAAUCCCUCAACUAGAUCUUCUGAUCAUUACUGCCUGUUUGAUCAAUUUCACGAGAAAAAUUCCACGAACCCAGCCGAUUGCUUGCGAAGAGUGUCUUGCGUUAACCAACUUGCCGGGAAGAUCAAUUCAGAAACUGCUGAACAACUCAACAACAGACGAAACCGUGAUAAUUACUUCACAACAUCUUUGACAGCUCACAAUUCCGUCUUCAUGGAGCGAUUGGCAACUCAUUUUAGUAAUGAGAAAUUAAACCAACGUAUCAUAAAUACUCAUCGCAAGCAGUUUGGAAUGGCUAUGAGUUUUAACUCCUUCGGUCAACUUAUAAGUAGAAAUGAAGAUGAUGGGACCGAGCAGGCAUCACAACCAAAACGCGUCCGUUUGUCGACUGAAAGUCUUUCAACAGCUAACAGACCUGCCACAAGUAGCACUGGAACACUAAAUGAUGCUUGUGAUGAGUUGACACACGUUGCUGAGAAAAUGAAUCCCUCAGCUACAAGCAGCUACGACCUUGUUAUAGACUAGUUGUGACCUCGUCAGUCGUCAUCAAAGCUUAAGUGAUAUUUGACAUAAAGGAAGCUCAAUUUCUGUUUGGUUGUUCACAGCUUGGCAAAGAACAUUGUAACAAGUCGAAUUCCAAAGUCGAAUUCCAUUACCAUCUGUAGAUCUAAUUUCAAUAUAUAUACUUAUUCAUAUAGAACUGAUGUCCAAUGCCUGAACACUAAAUUCAAAUUUCUUUCAAGCAUUUCAUCAAAUUUUCUCAAAUUCUUAUAUAAUUCAUAAAACUUCUAAUCAUACCUAAUGUGAAAAUUUUAUGUAAAAUAAAGACGUCCUUCGAUGUGAACUGAUAUCCUUAUACUAUAUUAUAUACUAUAUAUAGUAUAUAUACAUACGUAUAGAUAGCCAAUGCCUAAAUAGAAUCUUAAGUUCUUUGAAGCAUUUCAUCAAAUUUUCUCAAAUUCUUAUAUAAUUCAUAAAACUUCUAAUCAUACCUAAUGUGAAAAUUUUAUGUAAAAUAAAGACGUCCUUCGAUGUGAACUGAUAUCCUUAUACUAUAUUAUAUACUAUAUAUAGUAUACAUACGUAUAGAUAGCCAAUGCCUAAAUAGAAUCUUAAGUUCUUUGAA